AUGGGCCAGCCGCGCAAGGAAGAGAUCGGCACUGGAGCAGUGAAUAUCCUGGAUGAGAUCGUCAUGAACUACGACGCGGCACACGACGAGUUCACCAUGGACCCAGCAACACUGCAGGACGACCUCCUACGGCUGGCGCAACAACUCCAGAUCGUGGCAGAUGCAAUUUGGCUGCUCCUUCGAGGGGAGCGGCUGGCUGAAUACAUUGACGGCAUGAACCUACCUGCGGAAGAACGAGUACGAGGGGGACAAGACGAUGAACAUCCGGGGCUGCGGGGAGUUUAUCAGCAUCACGAGGGGAAUGCGAGGGAUGAAGCAAGGGAAAGGCGUGUCGCACAAGAUCGGGACGCCGAUAGUGACCAAGCCGACCACCCCGAGGACUUCGAACCCACCGCCUUGAUGCAGACCUCGCUGAGGGGGAGACCAAUGCAGGGAGGACCCCCCACACCGCCAGCCACGGACACUACGAACACCAAGGAGAAGCAGAAAAGCCAAGCCUCGCAACUCAUGGCGUCCAUUGCCUCGGAGACACAAGCUGCAGCGGAGUAUGCCCCCAAUGCCGAGGAAUUAGGGGGACAAAAACGCGAGGCCGCAGCAGCCGAAGCGCUGGAUCUCAUCACGGAAGCAAUGGGGGUGGCAAACGACGUGGGGAUGCCGGGGGUCGUCGACUACCUCUCAGCCGCAGCCACAAGACUAUCGCAGGUCCACUUGGUUCGGAGACCGGGGACGAAUCGAGGGGGACGACCGCUACCUACGCCCAAUGCCUUCGAGAUCGCAGCGCUCACAGUGGGGAUAAUGGAAGAGAGCGAGCAACAGGGGGAGCCACCAUCCAUGGCGGAACUACUGGAACUGCUGGAGCUGGUACAAGCGGGCAUGGCACUCCUCACCAGGGGGAGACACAGCUAUAAUUGGCAGGUCACGCACUGGGCUACAGAUGCAGCAGAAGAAGCCCUAGCAUUGUUGACAGUGGCCACGGCAACAGACCAUGUGGGGGAACUUCAGCAAGUUCAACCGGAUGUGGGGGACACACUCCCACGACUACGCAACCUCCUGGAUGAAGCAGCCACAGGAGUGGGGGUCCUAGUGGGGAUCUACCCACAUCGGGGAGAAGCGGAACAAGUUCACCCAGCAGAUGCCAUAGCCCAACAAGAGGACCGGCACCAACAAGUCCAACACCCUCGCCGAGACCCACCGGAUGCACUACAUAUCUACAAAGCGCAACGCCAUCUACGUCAACUAGUCCCAUUCCUUGACGGGGACAUGCGAGAACUGGGGAACCAAGCGCUUGCGCACCUGGGGGACUGGAUCCAGUCCCAUUGGGGGGAGCCAGUCCAGCUCCUCAGCAGCGACGACGAGACGAGCCAACCACAGCAGGAGCGUCCUGCACAGCCAACAGCUCACGAGGAUGAAGGAAGCCCACGGCUAGAGGGGGCUCCGUACAUAAACGAAGGGGCAGCUGAGACACUUGUGGACCUGACGAGCGGGGCGACCAGUUCCACGACUCCCUUUACACGAUCAGCCGCACCAAGACCUGAGGGGGAGUACAACGAAGCCCCCAGUGAGCCAAAGAGCCGUAGGAGGCGAGGGUUCACAAGCCCAAGCUCGCUUGACAACGAUGAUUAA